AUGCCCUGAAACCGAGUUGGCCAUACUAGCUUAAUACACGACUCAGUCUGUCUGGGAGCCUCCGAUGUGUGGCCUUCGCCGACUAUGUAGGCGUGAUACUCCGGCGCCUGCAAACAUCGAAAUCAGUCAUUAUUUUUUUGUGUUCUUAAUUCGUGCAUUUAUAUACACACCAAUGUCGCGUAACAUAGUAAAUGUCGCUAAUAAGCGCUCUUUGACGCUUCUCGUGCUAGCUUAGCUUGUUAGCCGCUAACACAGAGACGCGGAAGUUAUCCAAAACGUCAUUAAAUAGAGAUAAAGUUUGAGUGUAAAGUGUUGUGACUGUGUGAAAAUGUGCGAAAGAACAAUAGCAGAGUACGAGGAGGAACUUUGUCGAACUAAGGAGGAGAAUGAGCGACAACAUGAACCACUGGACUCCAUUUUCAGGACACAUCAAGUUGUGUCACACAACGCAGAUGUCCAGCAGGUGAUUUGUCGUCCAGAUGGAUUUCCUCUACAACCGAAAGGUGAGAGCUCCACUUUGAAGCAGGAGGAACCACAGCCCGCCCAUGUUAAAGAAGAAAAGGAGGAACUAUGCGUCACUCAGGAGGAGACAGAUCUCACCAAGUGGACACUGACUGGUGUCCCUGUGAAGACUGAAGACAAACCGCAGGAGUUCUCACAGCUUCAUCACAGUCCAAGUGAGGAGGGCAGAGAGAUGGACCCUCCAAGCAGCUGCUCACCACAACACAUAACAGAAGUUGAUGGAGGCCACUGUGAAGAAUCAGAAGCAUACAACCUCUUAGAUUCGGAUAACGAGGACACAUUAAGCGCUCCUGAGGAUGAACAGCGACUUUUGAACAGCAAUACAGACUGUAAGGGUGAUAUGAGGACUCAAACAGAAAAUAAACACUCUGAAUGCUCCGAAAAGAAAAUGGGCAAAAAGGGUUUGCUCUGCUCAGUUUGUGCGAAAAGCUUCUUUCAUAGUUGGGACUUGACUCGACACAUGCGGGCACACAAAGGAGAGAAACCCUAUAGCUGUUCAGUCUGUAGUAAAAGAUUUUCUCGAAAUGAUAUUUUAAUUCAGCAUAAAUUUACUCAUACAGGAGAGAAACCUUUCGUGUGUUCAGUUUGUGGUAAAAGUUUCUCUGCCAUGUCCAGCAUGGUGUCACACAUGAGAAUACACACAGGGGAAAAACCCUAUUCGUGCUUACUUUGUUCUAAAUCAUUUUCCCAACACAGCAGUUUGACAGCACACAAACGCACGCACACAGGAGAAAAACCUUUCAGUUGCUCGAUGUGCGAUAAAAGUUUUUCUACCAAGUCAAAUAUGGUGAAUCACACGAGGACGCAUACAAGAGAAAAACGUUUUUGUUGCAAUAUUUGUGGCAAAAUGUUGAUCAAAAAAGUAUCUUUGAUUGAACAUCAAAGGACACACACUGGAGAAAAACCUUUUAGUUGCUCCGUUUGUGGAAAAAAAUUCACUUCAAAUCCAAACAUGGUUAAACACAUGAGAAUACACACUGGGGAAAAACCCUUUUCCUGUUCAGUUUGUGCUACAGCAUUCGCUCGAAAUGACUAUUUAAUGGCACACAUGCAGAUGCACAACAGAUAAUGAACGUCUUCCUGAGUAGCUUGUGUUGAAAUAUUGUCAAAUGAUACAGAAUUUAAAAAAAUAUUGGGAUGGAGAAUGACACUUGCAUGUUCUUCUCACAUGUUGACUUGGUCUACAAAAAGGCACAACAGCGCCUUCAUUUUCUCAGGACACUUAAGGAUUUUUAAUGUCAACAAAUACAUUUUAACAUUUUUUAAAAGAUCUGCCACUGUCACCACCACAACAAAACUUACCCGCAUAACAAAUCAGGCAAGUAAAAUACCCAGAAUAGCUCAACUUCUUUUGACUAAACUGCACAGGCACUCUGUGGGAAAUAAUGCCAUCCUCAUAACUGAGGACCCCUCGUACUCCCUGCACCACUCCUUCAUGCUGCUGCUACCAGGCAGACGAUACAGAACCCCACUGGCCAAAACUGUUCACAAGAAAUCAUUCAUCCCCUAUGCAUUAACGGUUCUAAACAACAUGUAAUAGGCCGCACUGUCUCUCUUUUUUUACCUGUUGCUGUGAAUGUUGUUUUAAUUUUGUGAUGAAGCCGUGUCAAAGACAAAUUUCUGUUUUUCAUGUCGAAACAGACAAUAAAGCUAUGUCCUGUCUAUCAUAAUUAAACGUGAAAAGUCACCUAGAAAGUGAUGAUCUGCUGUGUUUGAUACCAUAUUAUGUCAUGAGUUUCCAAAUUGGUGUGCCGUUAAGAACAGCAGCUCUACAAAUGCAAACUAACUUUGGAGCAAAUAAGAUAUCCUGACUCCUUAUCAACCGUAGACAGAAUAUUUAUUGAAUAUUAUGUUUUCCUCCCCUCUAAGUGCGUUUGUGUUGUGUAAAUAUUUCAUGUUAUUUAGUACUGCACAUAUUUUAAAAUAAAGAUGAUUUUGAUUUAUA